AUGUUCAAAUACUCGCUUGCAUGCCUGGCGCUCCUGGCAACCGGGUGUCUCUCCUCAACCACAACCACUAGCAACCCAGGCUACUCACGGAAUAUCACCUCGACCGUUACCGACCCGUCGUUUAGUUUCGGGAAACAUUAUGCAGUGCUUAAUCUAGAUCUUAUCGAUGGGUUGGUGGCCAAUGUGAAUACUACCAGGUCCGGGCAGUUGUGGAUUGAUAAUGUCGCGAACUGGAUUGAUGCUGUGCACAAGCAGGACCCUCCCCCCCUGAGUAUCUUUACUCGCAUCUUCUUCUCCAACACCUACCGUCCUGAACUCGGCAACGCUCCCUUCGCCAGCGCGGUGACUAGCCUCGGCAACGCCACAGCUUCGAGUCCCGAUAGUCAGAUCUAUUCGGCAUUCAAGACCCUGGAUAACUAUGAUGUGGUGCUGCAGAAGGCGCGGUAUUAUGCUGGUGCGGGGAACCAGCUGGAGGAGAUCCUCAGUUCUCAGAAGAUAGAUACUGUGAUCUUGUCCGGGAUCCGUACUUCGGGAGUAGUGCUUAGCACUGCGUUUCGUCUGUUGGAUAUGAACUAUAAUGUCUACGUUAUCUCGAACAAUACGAUCGAGACUCCCUCAUCAUAUGCCGCCCUAAAUCAGAAGGUUAUCUUGGAGGGCAUACUUCCCGAACUGCCGGUCAAUGUAAUCAGUAUCGAGCAGGCUAUUGGGGCUCUCAACCGCUCUGGACCAGCUGUGUAUUAGCUGGCAAGCCGGACAACCUGAUGGAAACGAUGAUAUAACGCCAAAACAUAUGGCUAUGAUGGACAGCGGUUACGGA